GAGUGGGGGAGAGAGAGAGAGUGGGAGAGAGAGAGAGAGAGAGGGGAAGAGAGAGAGACCUGCAUACACUGAGUGGGAGAAAGAGAGACAGGGAGGGAGAGAGAGAGAGAGAGAGAUAGAGAGAGGAAAUGGCGACCGUUUGCCAACAUAUUUGACCUAGUUUUGAGCAGAUCCGCGGAGAGAGCACAGCGCCGUCUGUUUCCACACCAGCAGCUCAGAAUCAGAACUACACUCAACAUAAUAAACCAGAAACUACCACAGGAGAUAAAUGGCUAUGAUGUCAUCUCAGUGUGAUCACGGGGAGCUCGACAGCGGAGAAGAGGAUGUAAAGCCGAGGGUUGCGGCCGUCCGGCGGAACCUCUUUGGCCCAGUGGAUCACCAGCAGCUCCAGCAGGACUUCCAGAGGCUGCUCUGCAUGAGCAUGGAGGUGGCCAAGCAGCGCUGGAACUUCGACUUUCAGAGCGAACGGCCUGCGUCCGGAGCGGUGGAAUGGGAGGAGAUGCGCUGCCAGGACGUCCCUGCGUUUUACCGCAGCUGUGUGGUGAGGGCAGGGGCGUCCAAAUGCAGGCUGGAGUCACAAACACCGGUCAGCAGUGACAGGGGGGCUUUAGUGGCCUCCGUGGCCCAAGAAGAGUACCUGGAGCUGAGGGCCAGUGGAGCAUUCAGAGGAGCCAAGCUGGAGAAGAGAAGAAAGUUAAAGCCACUGGGGGUCAAACACAGACAAGCCACCAUCACAGACUUCUUCACUGUAAAGAAGAGGAGGUUUCUUCAUCAGAAAGUGUCUUCAAGACAGUGAGCACUAAGGAAAGAGAAAGCUCCACUCAUCACUGUGUGCAUAGAUGUAAAUACAUAACCUGCAAAUGCAGCUUAUUAUCCAGCAGAGUAUCAAAAGCUUUGAAUGGACUUUAAAAUGUACAGUUAAAUAACUUCAGUUCAAGUAAGCUUAAAAAAGACCCACUAACUAUAUUUCACAAAAACAGAACUUCUCUAAAAGUGGACUGUAAAUGUACAGAAUGGACCCAAAACAAAGAAAGAACAAAUGUUUUUUUUUUUUUUUUUUUCCCCCACAUGACCUCUUCACCUGUUAAUUAAUGGUCUGGGUUUGGCCUCGUCUGGUCUGGUCUUGCACAAAAAGCUUAAUGCCUAAGCUGGGUUUAAAAUCUCUCCCCUCUUUAUGACAAACAGCAGGGGGUCAAAGAUUGACCCCAGUUGCAUACCAGGCACACCGACGCCCAUUAACCAGAAUUUAAAAGGUUAGUCCUGUUGUUUUAGUAGUUUGGUGACAUUUGACCUGGGCGUCUAAUACAAACAUUCUUUAAAAAAUACAAAAGAAAUAUUUAGAGACUUACCUUAUAUACAUAUUAUUUGUGUGUAUAUAAUUUAGGUAUUUACACUUUUCCCUAUUAAGAGCAUAUCACCAUAGCUAGAGCCCAUAAUUGUAUUGUAUUUUAUUGUAAUGUAUUUAGUCCCCUAUCUCCCUUCAAUAAGCUUAAAGUGUUAUUAAGUUGUUAUUAUUAAUUUGACCAGAAUUAUGCCCUUCCUUUUCUUACUCGAAUAUGUACUCAAAUGUCAAUUUUUUAAAAAUAUUUUGUAUUAUAUGGACCAGUUUUCAGUCCGUCCCCCUUGGUCAGCUGAAAGAGUUUGUAAGGAAACAGAGGAGUAUAGCCGUUCUGUGUUAUUAACAGCAAUAUCACUUCUAAAACACGCUACCUUAGUUCAACUGUAUGAGGUAAUUUGUUAUGGUAUUUGUUCAUGUUGUAAUUAUGUAGCAUUUUUUUCUCUCAUUUAUUUACAGUAGCUUGUCUUUGUGGCUUUUUAAACAUGACACUUUUCUAUUUGAAGGAAUGUAGCAUUUUAUAAUAUAGAGUUGAUUUAAGUUGAUUUAGGUGCAGAAUGAAAGAUGAAAGCAGAUUUGUUUAUAAGAGACCUAUAAAGUCAUGCUCCGCAUGUAGAUAGCAGGGAUGGACCUUCUGCAAUACUAUUUUUUCUCUGUUGCUGUUCUGUAUGAUUGCAGUGUGUGUGUAGGCCUGUCACGAUAAUUACAUAAUCAGAUUAUUGUUUAAUAUAUGGACUUGACCGCAGUAAAUUUAGCUGACCCUAAUAUAACCCAUUAGUUUAGGUUUUUUUUUACAAUGAGAGCCCAAUUAAAUUAAUGAGUAUAUCACAGAACAACAAAAUAAUCAUAUUGUAAAAUGUUCCCAAUGAAACCCUUGUGCAGCCCUAAUAUUCAUAUUACAAUGUAUAAAUUACUAAUGUAAAUGGCUUAAUUGCAUUAUUAGACCAAUAUAUUAUUAUUAUCAUCAUAUCAGAGGUAUAAAAUUAUGAUUAUGACAGUAUAUCGUCCAAACAAAGACAGUUAUCGUGACAGGCCUAGCAGUGUAACUGCUUUGUGUUUUGCAAGGUUGUAUGUGAGUUUGGUGUUGUGUUUAUUUUCUACAAUUUAUUUGUUUUUUUAUUUUACAAAAGGCAGCUGAAUUGAAUGACCAAAGAGAGGCUUCACAUACUGUCAGAAACUAAUACACAACUGAGAGAUAGCCGUUUGGACUGCUGUCAGGAAAAAAGAACAAAGCCACUCUUAGUUAUCCAGCUUCUGAAGCUCACACUAAUCUCUGUUCUGGACAGUGGUAAUUCCCUCCCAUUUUCUGUUGAACACACACUUCUUCCAGUAGCAUGCAUGGUCACAGCUGGUGCAUAUGUCCUACAGCAGUUCAGAUGUUUUUGUCUUUCUACGAAAAAAAAUUAUAAUGAACAGAUAUCCGGUUCAUCUACCUCAAAGAAACAAAAAAAAAAAAACAGGUUUGCUUUACGACAGGAAGAAGAGAGGCCAAACACUCGUGGAGGUGGAGGUGUUACAGAUGUUAGAAAUACGUGUAAGGUGAAAAGGUGCUGACCCAACCCACUCAUCUUUAUCUGAACUGACUUUUAAAAUAAGCAGUUCUCAAAAAAUACUUAAAUAAAUACAUUUUUAAAAAGGUGUUUUUCUAUGGUAUCCGUCAUAGAAGUCUUUUGUAGGACAUUUUUGUAUGUGACCUUCUGAAAUGUCAAUAUACAUUUAUUUUGUAUCAUAUGUUUCCCCAAUCUUAUUCCGGGAGAACCCCAUGCCCUCCACAUUUUUGUGUUUUCCUGCUUUAACUUAUUGGUCAUGUCCCAACUGUAAACUUAUUAUUGACAUUAACUAGUUUUUAAAUAUUAAAUGUAAUAUAUAUUAUGGGUAAAAGUGCCUAAGUGUUGUUAUGAUGGACACUUAAAUUACAAUGCACUAUAAAACAGAAAGGACAUAGGAGGAGCUACAUAGAAGGAGCUGCUCAACAUUGGUUGAAACGAAAAAAUACAGAAUGCUGGACAAUUAUUUUGUUUUUGCAUGUUUUCAUUUAUGUUGGCACUUUUUUAUCAAUGCAAAAUUAAAUAACCUAAAUAUAUUUUUGUCUUACUUUCUACUUAAAAAAAAGAAAGUGGCUAAAUAUUCAGUUCAUCGCCCAUCUUUUUGUAUACUAGCCUGCCAAGCCUGAACUAUUAGAAUUAGUAUAUAGUCUGUACCUUACAGUAUUAGGGUAUAAUAUGCACUGGGACUUAACUGUUACCUUCAUCUUGAGAAGGGAUCAGGUGUGUUGGGAGUGAGGUAAACACUACAAUGUGCAGGGAGAGCAGGGGGUCCUACAUUAUCAGGUGUGGGAAACACUGUUUUAGACCAUUCAGAACAAUUGGAACAAAUUCUGUGUCAUAUUUCCUUAUUAUACCACAAUUAUUUGCUGGGCAUGAAUCAGUUAAUGGAGUGUGUAAAGCCUUACAAAGAGAAUGUAAUAAGUUUUGGCCUGUGUUUAGAAUCUAUAUCAGAUAUUAUCACCUCUUCACGCCUCUUCACCUUCACACUUUUAAGUACAUAACAUUCUAAACAAGUAAAUUAAUAGUAAUACACUGCAGGUUUACAAAGAUCACCUCACUUUUUUUACACGGUUUAGCAAUAGGAUAAUAGGACCUUCUGAUUUGUUUUGUAUGUGUGUGUUCAAGUGUGUGUUUGAAAUUCUAUUGCACCCCGUUAUUCAUUGUGUAAAACAUGUAAAAACUUUUUUUAACUUAUUGCAAUAUAAAUUGUAUUUUUUUUUAUUGUUUUAAAUGUAAAUUGUCCCUGAUUUUACUAACUGGUGUUGUACUAGCUUUGCACUAUUAUAAAUGUUAUUAUUGCCAUUAAAAUGCCUGACGGUGUUGGAGAGCUGCAUUAAAAGGUCUGGAUGUACAUACACGGUCCAGACAUGGAUAUUAUGUUAGAUUUCAAAUCAGAUUAUUUGAAGAAACUACCUGUCUGUUCAAAAGCGGGUAAGAAUUGGCUUAUUUCACCAUUUUCUCAACAGAAAGUAAAGCACAGUAAAUCUUAAUCAUCCUGAGCCAGAGUCCAGCACCGUGCUUUCCAGCCUUACUUGUCCCAGGUAUCUUAUCCUAGUAUUGUAAUGCUGUAUAUGCAUGAGUGAACGGUAGCCAUGUAUACUUUUAUAAAUAAUAUAGUGUAAUUUAAUUUGUAAUUCCGCUUUGUUUUAUUAUAUGGGAAGAUAAUGAUUGUGUUUAUUACUGAGAACAAAAUUAUACUUUUGCUUAUUCUCUUGAUUUGUAAUUCCACCAAGUGUUUUCUAGCAGCUUUUUGGUGCACUGUUGUUGUUUCUAACGUUGUGAAUUAUGUUGCCAUAAAUCAGAAAUUAUAAUAAAAGAUAUUGUAUGAAAAUUUA